AUGAAGUUGUUUCAAUUCCUCGGGCUUGCAAUGCCAGUCUUGGUCAAUGCCCUUGCUGCGACCGACGAGCCUCAAAGCGCAGACCCACCUCAAUCAGGCUACCUACCUAAUCACAACCUUGCUCCCUCCACGCUCGCGGGUUUCGCUAAGAAAUGGAAUUUGAAAUUCAACAGCAAUGAGAAACUAUAUUCCAUGCCCGUAGUCUAUACCCCGAGUGGAAGCACACAGGAGCUUGUUAUCAUAGGCUCCAUCCAGAACGUCGUGCGGGUUGUUGACAGUGCUACUGGACAACUUGUCAAAAUCCGGACUCUCGACGCUCCUUACAUCUCAUCUGAUUCCAAUUGCAAUGACGGUGCCACAGUCGGUAUCACCGGCACCCCUGUCAUCGACCCAGCCACCGAUAUCAUGUACCUUUUUUCGAAGGGCUAUAUGAACGGCCUCGCGGGACCCCAAGGCGCGUAUAAAAUGUGGGCGCUCCACAUCCCGGACUUGACCGUCGUCCCCGGCUAUCCCGUCCUCAUUCAGGGCCCCGCCUCCAACGACCCCACAAAAUACUUCAAUGGCGGCGAAAUCUUGCAGAGACCCGGCCUCACAAUGAUCGGCGACUCUAUCAUUGCAGGGUUUGGAGGACACUGUGAUAGCAUGAACUAUACUGGAAUUCUGCUCACAGUCAGCAAAACUACGGGGCAAAUGCAAGAUCAGAUGGUAAUGAUGGCAAGCCCAGGGUCUCCAUGGGCGCCGGAUCUCCAAGCCGGAAAAGGUGGCAAAGCCGGGAUUUGGCAAUCGGGAAUGGCCAUCGCUGCGGACCUGGACAAGAAUCGAGUCUUCUUUGCGACAGGCAACUCAGAUGUCAAUGGUGAUCUCGGGGGUAUCAACGGAGCUCCACAUUCCGGGAAAGUUCCCAUCAGCACGUUGGGCCAGGCCAUCGCAAAUAUUGGUGUCGAUCCCGUUAGCGGAAAUCUAACACAGCAGGACUUCUUCGUCCCCGUCGGCUACGCCAAACUUAACUCUGGCGACAAAGAUUUCUCUGCUGGUGGUGUCAGCCUGCUUGACCCCACCGUCUUCAAUGGAGGCGGUGUCAACAGGGUCGCUCUAGGAACCAGCAAAGUAGGAACUCUCUAUGUGAUGGAUGCUGAAAACCUUGGCGGCUACAAGCAGGGACCCGGCGGUACUACUGACGGAAAGAAGUUCUCCAAACGAUCGUUCCUCCAAAGGGAUCGUUCUACAGUGGCGCUGGCAGCUACCCCGCGGAAGGUGGUUAUAUCUAGUAUGCAAAUCUCUACAUUGUUGCAGAUCACCAGGUUGAACGAGAACAGCUUCUGCCACACCGGUGCUCCUCUGCAAGCGUGGAGGUUGACACCUGAUGCUUCCGGCAAACCAAACUUCAAGUUCGCUGGGCAGUCCGCCCUUUCCGUCGGUUGCCACGGCACUCCUACCGUAACCAGCCAAAACGGGGUUGCUGGCACUGGCAUCGUCUGGCUCUCCGAUACCACCAAGGGGUUGAUAGCUUUCAAUGCCGUGCCCAACGGCAGCAGUGUCUUGACUCAAAUCACGGUUCCAGGAAGCGGUGGUCUGACCAAGUUCCAUCGUCCCGUUUUCGGAAACAACAAUGUUUUCGUUACAACAAGCAACCAUCUCAUCGCCAUCGGUGGCCCCAAACUGUAG